AUGACAACCCCCGUUAAGCCUCCAUCGCUUGACCCAAAUCACAUCUACAUUCAAAUCACUUCCCCUCUCUCCCCUUCUGACCUCUCAAGACACGCCUCGGCCGGUCAACUGCAACUCCGCUAUCUUGCGCCCGUCGGAGAACUUAAAGGAGAGCAUAUCUUCGAAGUCAUUCAAAACGGUCAGCUCGUUCAACGAGAUCACGAGGCGUGGGUAGGCUCAGGAGGGGAGUUCAUAAAGGUGUUGAAAGGGGUACAGGGGGUGAAAGGGGUUAAGGUGAUGGAUGUCAAGCAGAGAACCAAACGGUAG